GAUCAUCUAUGAGCACUUGGCUCUCCUCGAACAAGAGGUCGAAUAUAUGUGGGACUGGACAUUCACAGGAGUCACGGUCUUGUUCCUCGUGAACCGAUACAUUCUCCUCCUGUCUGCCGCAUUAGGAAUACUGUCUGUGUUUGACUGGAGAGAUGCCACGCUGUGAAUGGUUGUACGACUUGCAAUACGCGCUGACCAUCGCCCUCAUACUUGUCAUUGCAUGGUUCUCUGCCCUCCGUGUCUACGCUGUUAGCCAUCGAAACUGGUGGCCAGCGGGGAUAGCCCUAACAGCGGCGAUCGUCGCCAUUCCGGUUUCAUUAUUUGCUGACAUACGAUCGUCGCGGGCCUACGUCAUGUUUGUCGGCUCUAUCCCGAUAUGCACGAAAGCCACGACAUUCUCGGACGCUUUGAAUACCCGGUUGAUUUUUGCGGUCCGGGUCUGCGCCAUCUUCUCGGAUCUGGUCGUGCUCAGCUGUACUUGGUACUUCUCCGGCGUCGUGCUCGACCGAAGAGAACUCAGAGGAAGGUUUGUCAAGUUGAUAUUACAACAAGGGACAAUCUACUUCACAUGCUUGCUGGUACUCAACGUCGUACAAAUCGUGAUUGAAACCUCGCUCGGCACACAAACAGUGAACGCCUACUACACUGCCACGUUCACCGGGCCGAUCUCUUCAAUCCUGAUCACGCGGUUCAUGCUCGAGCUGCGCGCAGUCGACCGGGCUGCUGUGUUGAACCUGUCGGGCACGGGUUGGGAUACCAGCGAUUUCACGGCGACGUCUAUCGAGCUGGCUACCAUCAACUUCUCCGACGAGCGUACGUGCUCGACUCGGACAGCGGUCUAGUGCAUGCGCUUCAAGUUCGCGGGGCGUUCGCUCGACCGUACUGCAGCAAUACGGCACAUCCUAUCUUGGACGCGAUAUUGGGAGAACUUACCGGACUGGCCUGGGACUGGCCCAGGCACUUGCGGGUCGUAUCCGACGGUUCCCU